AUGAUCAAGCAUUUUGAUCCAACUAGUCCUGUGUUGAUGACGUAUUUGGCUUCGAUUAAUCCGAAUGAUGAAACAGGUUUUAUGUUGGCCAAACCAAAUGAAAAUACUUCAAAGAAAUCUCGAAGAUCCAGGAAGGGUGAUAAGUCGACUACUAAGCACAGUGAGCAAGUUUCCAAAACUACUACUGAGCCUGUUGAGACUGCAAUUGUUGAUACUCAUACUAAAACUAUUCCUUUAAAGUCUAGUGUUCUUAAACGAAUCCAGAAGAAAGCUCAUCCUUUCCGAAAGUCUCCAGAAAGGUCUUCAAGUUUUUCUCCAUCUUUCACACACAAGCCACAUGUCACUCGAAAAGGGGUUAUUAUUUGUGAAGUUAAAGCUCCUGUGCCCCCUUACUCAAAGAAACGAGGAGCUACAGAUAUGGCCAAGCAUAUCUCUAAGAAGAUUAAAAAGAGAAAGUUGGUUCUUGAAAAAACUCCAGUCAUACCACUCGAGGUUUCGUUAACCAAGUCAUCUCAUGAGGAGGUUCGAAACUCAGACAUUCUUACACACGUAUCUGAUACGGAUGUAAAUGUCACUUUGGGUGAAGGAGAUUCGAAUAUAGAACAUCCCAUGAUAACUCAAGGUAGUUUUGAUGAUCUUAAAUUUGAUCUAGAAGAAGAAGACAUCCCAUAUCACAUGUUGAUGUCAGGGAAGAAAUUCAAGAUUCUGAACAAGAAGCUUAAAUCUAUUCUUCAAUCUCAAGCAGAUGCGGGGGGAGGGAAUUUUGUGUCCAGUGUCGAACUUGAUGUGAUGCUCAAAGCACAAGAAGCUAGAUUGUUCAACAAAUUAUUUGGCCUGAUUCAAGCAUCCGAAUCUCGUAUUCUUGAGAAGGUGGAUGAACUUCGAGAAGAUAUGUCUAAAGAGAUUGCUAUUACCCAACAGGAUUAUGCAUCUUUCAAUCAGAAAAUAGACAUCAUUGCAGAUGCAGUGACAAAGUUUGUUAAGCUAUAUGAUGCUUUGCAUCCUCGGCUUGCUCAAUUUUCUACUCAUGAAAGUAAAAGCUUAACUGAAAUUACAACUUUAUUGAAUGAGUUAAAAUCUUUAAUCUCGAAGCCUGGAUCAUCUCCUCUGAUCACACCAGAGUUUUUAUCACAAAAAUUUCUUUUGUUUGAAUCAGUUCUCCACAAACAAUUGGCACCGUUAUCUCGAAUAGUCAGUCUCCUACCAACGAAUGCCCCACCUGUUGUUACAGGGGUGCAAGGGGGAGAAUAG